AUGUGGGGACUGCUACGGAGGCUACGGAGGCGCAACACCCGGCCCGUUCCGCUUGCAUUGCCCAACUCAGACUCCAGCUCCGAGGAGUUGCCGACCGUCCUUUUCCCUGAGGGAAUCAAGGUUCUGUAUGGCGGCCCCGACGCCGCGAUCGACAUCUGCUUUGUCCACGGCCUAAACGGCGAUCGCGAGAGAACCUGGACCGCCGACCGACAGUCCGCGCCCUGGCCGAAGACGCUCCUCCCGUCCAAGCUCGAGGACGCCCGCAUUCUCGUGUACGGCUACGACGCGUGCGUCGUGCGAAAGGGCGUUGCCGCCUUGACCCGGCUGGUGGACCAUGCUGCGAACCUCCUUGGCGACCUGACGUCGGACAGGGCCCGCUGCGGCGCGUCGUCUCGCCCUCUCGUCUUCGUCGCCCACAGCUUGGGUGGCCUCGUCUGCAAAGAGGCCAUCCUUUUAUCGCGGAACAACCCCGAGCCCCAUUUGCGCAGCAUCUUCGAGCACACCAAGGGCGUCCUAUUUAUGGGCACCCCUCACAGGGGUUCCUGGCUGGCGUACUGGGCCAACUUGUCCGCUUCGGCGCUGGGCCUCGUUAAGUCUGCGAACAGGUCGCUGCUGGCGAUCCUGCAGCCGGAUGAUCAGCUCCUUGAAACCAUCCAACGCGACUUCUGGGCCAUGGUGCGCGAACAGCGUGAGGCUGGCAGGGCUCUUGAGGUCACAUGCGUCUUUGAGGGGCUGCCCUCGUCCGUCUUAGGAAGAACUGUCACGGUCGUGUCUAAGGAAUCGGCCACCCUUGAGGGGUACAGUUCUUUCAGCGUUCACGCCGGUCAUCGCGAUAUGGGGAAGUACAGCUCAGCCGAAGACAACGGAUUUAAGAGGCUGCUCGGCGAGCUGACAAGAUGGCGAGAUCAAGCAAGGGAUUCGGCGGCUAGCCAGCCUCCGUCGACAGAAGCACAGAUCCACGGGCCAGUUGGCUCAUCUUUCUAUAACUAUGGCGGCGACCAAGUCAAUGCGCCUGGUGGUACUGUGAACACCAGCAAAGGCAGUGGCAACCAGCUUCCUGGGGCUACUUUCUUAGGAACCGUGCAUUUCGGGUAG